AUGCCCGAUCUCCAAGCAACGGCCGAGUAUCUCUCUACCGGUGCUAAUAGGCACACUGCCGUCGCCGACUGGAGCCAGUCUGGUGUGCUUGCCUUUGGUGCCAACUCCAACAUCUGCCUCUGGACACCAUCUGCAAGUAGUCAUGUUGGUAUUGCAGGCAUCCUGAGUGGUCACAAGGAUGCGGUCAAGGCGGUCAAAUUUCUGCCGCCAACGGAAGGCGGCAACGAGGUCAUCAUCAGCGGCUCUGACGACAAGACGCUGAAGCUGUGGGAGCUCAACGCAGACCACGCUACAGGGCAGUGCGUCCAAACUCUGACGGAUCACACGGCGCCCAUCAACACUAUUGCCAUCCUCAAGUCAAGAAAUCCUUCGACGCCGACCCUCAUUGCAACGGGUGCUGCCGAUGCAACGUUCCGAGUGUGGAAGUACGAGGCAGGCCGACUCCUCCUUCUGAGCACCAUCAAACCGACACCCAAAUUCUUCCCCCUCACUCUCGCCCUGAGCACCCUCGAUCACGGGGACGAUGUCGUUGUUCUCGCUGUGGCAGGCACCAGGGACAUAAUCCAGAUCCAUGUUGCCGCCAACACAGCCGCCUCUCUAGACUUCCAGCUGCAGGCGACCCUGACAGGCCACGAAGGCUGGAUUCGAUCGCUCGACUUCACAUGGGAGAGCAGUGCCGCAGACAGCGACCUUCUUCUGGCCUCCGCGAGCCAGGACAAAUACGUCCGUCUCUGGCGCCUCCACCAGGGCAGCGAACUUCCCGCCAUGACGAGCAACGCCGACCCCGCCACAAGUGCUUUUUUGCCGGGCAAGUCACCUGCCAACAAGGCCCAUCGGCUGCAGUCCUGCGACAAGGUCUUUUCCAUCACAUUCGAGGCGCUCCUAUUAGGCCACGAAGAUUGGAUCUACAGCGCAAAGUGGUUCCGUUCUGAGACGGAACAAGGUGGCGGCGGCACCAACAGGCCCCUGCAGCUCCUGUCCACGUCAGCCGACAACUCUCUCGCCAUCUGGGAAGCGGACCCGGCGUCGGGCAUCUGGGUCAGCAUGGUACGACUGGGUGACAUUAGCCGCGAAAAGGGCGCCACGACAGCGACGGGCAGCAUCGGCGGGUUCUGGACGGGCCUGUGGGCGCCUGACGGCCAGUCGGUGGUGUGUCUCGGCCGCACGGGUAGCUGGAGGCGCUGGGUGUGGGACGAUGCGAGGGACGAGUGGAAGCCCGCGCUCUCCAUCAGCGGACACACAAAGGCCGUGACGGGAAUUGCGUGGGCCAAGGGCGGCGAGUCCCUGGUGUCGACGAGCGGCGACCAGACGACGAGGCUGCACGGGCGCUGGAAGGAGGGGCACGGCGAGACGUGGCAUGAGAUGUCGAGGCCCCAGAUCCACGGGUACGACCUCAACUGCAUCGACACGCUGGGCGCGACGCAGUUUGUCUCGGGCGCUGACGAGAAGCUCAUGCGCGUCUUUGGCCGGCCGCGUGCCGUUGCCAAGCUCCUUGGCCGACUGGACGGAUCUGGCUCCGAUCAGGACGCCGGCGUCAACGAUGUUGCUGACGCUGCCGACAUGCCCGUGCUCGGCCUGUCCAACAAGGCCAUCGACGCCGCUGACCCGGCUGGCCAUGUCGAGGCCGAAGCCGACGCCGAUGCUGCCCCCGCCGUUCGCACAACAGCCCUUGACAUUGACCACCCCCCUUUCGAGGACAGCCUCUCCCGCCACACGCUGUGGCCCGAGGUCGAGAAGCUCUACGGUCACGGCUACGAGAUCUCGUGCCUCGCCACGUCUCACGACGGCAAGCUCGUCGCCAGCGCCUGCAGAGCGAGCUCCCUCAACCACGCCGUCAUUCGCAUCUUCGAGACGGACACGUGGGUCGAGGUCAGGCCGCCGCUGGCCGCGCACACCCUGACCGCGACGCGUCUGCGCUUCUCCCGCGACGACCGGUACCUCCUCAGCGUCGGCCGCGACCGGCAGUGGGCCGUAUUUGAGCGCGACGGCGAGGGCGCCCCGCGCUAUCAGCUCCUGCAGGCGAACCCCAAGGGCCACAGCCGCAUGAUCCUCGACGCGGCGUGGGCGCCGUCGGCGAGCCCGGCGGCGUUCGCCACGGCCGGACGAGACAAGAAGGUGCGCGUCUGGAGCGCGAAGACGGCCGACGAUGGCAAGACGGCGUUCGUGCAGGCCGCCGAGGUUGCCUGCGGCGAGCCCGUCACGGCUGUAGACUUUCUGGGGAGGACGCUUGCGAACGGGGCGUUGGUGCUGGCGGUGGGUACCGAGUCUGGCAAGAUGGCGGUUCACACGCUGGACGCGACGAGUUUGCAGGUGGUCAGCAGCACGCCGUUGCCAGAGCACCUCUGUCUGCCUACGACGGUUCUCCAACUCGCUUGGCGCCCCGCGGACGAUGACAGCCAGGAGUACCAGCUGGCCGUUGCUGGAGAAGACAGCUCCACGAGGAUUUACCGCUUGCCGGGGCUGGUCUCGGCGUAA